AUAAUUUUUAUAUGUUGACAGUGAUUGCUGCUAUCAAAACAAACUGUUUCUUGUAUGUUUAUUUCUUUUGCUGUGAGCACAAUAAUUUACAUAUGUCAGCAUUGUGUGCUUUUUAUGUAAUGUAAAAGCGUAGUAACAGUUUUCUGCAGUUGUUUUGCGAAUGCUUUCUUUUGUGCUGUUGAAUUUUCUAUUGUUGAACGUACAAUAACUUUGAAAUAAUGGGAAGCGUUCCUUACUUAGGAAGUAAAAUAAGCUUAAUAUCUAAGUCAGAGAUUCGUUAUGAAGGGAUAUUAUAUAGUGUCGAUCCUAAAGAAUCUACUGUCGCAUUAGCGAAAGUUCGUUCCUUUGGAACUGAAUGCCGUCCCACAGACCGUCCAAUUGCUCCCAGAGACGAGGUCUAUGAAUAUAUAAUAUUUAGGGGCAGUGACAUUAAAGACUUGCAUGUGUGUGAACCCCCACGAAAUCAGCAUGGACUCCCACCUGAUCCUGCUAUCAUCCAGGUACUUCACUCUCCACCUAUUUCCCAUUCCGGAAGUCUUACUUUUAACCAACCAUAUAACAAUAUCUGCAGUCUGCCCCAAUUUCAGCCGUACUAUGCAUCUUCUCAAUAUCCACAUUUAUCUUCAGUUUUUUCAUCGUCCUCUCAUUAUGGAGGCUGUUCCUCAGCACCUCAGUUAUCUCAGAGGAAAAGUCCAACAAUGGAUGCUGGAGUACAAGUUUCAGUUAAUAUGUUAGAUAAAUUUCAAGAUUCUUCUCGUGCUAAAGGAAGACUUUCUCAGCCACCUCAGUUACCGAACAGAGGCUCUGCUUCGAACCUUGCUAGAAAAUCUGAUAACAGAAGAAAUUUUGUAGUUUCCAAUUUUACAGAUAUGUCUAGAAGAGGACGAGCUAGAAGCACUUCGAAUAUUAGCACAGUUGAUACUCUACAGUUUGAGGGAGAAUAUGAUUUUGAAUCUGCUAAUGCAGAGUUUCGUGAACUGGAAAACAAACUUGCUGAAGCCAAAAUUGAUGAUGCUGUUUCCGAUACUGUUCAAGCAGUUGAUGAUUUAACUGGUUCUUAUAAUAAAAAGAAAUCAUUUUUUGAUGAUAUUAGUUGUGAAGCAACACAUCGAAACAAAGGGCUGGCUCGAUUUGAUUGGCGUAACGAGCGCAAACUAAAUUUGGAAACGUUUGGCGUCGCUGCACAGAAUGCAUGGUUCCGUCGUCGACGCAUGCGAGGAGGCUUUAGACGCGGUUUUAGGGGUAGGGGUAGUGCUACCCGAAACUCAACUGAACAAAUACAAAAAACAGUGACUUUCGAUGAAACUCCAUCGAUAAAGGAAGUAGAUGUCCUUGAAACACAAAGUUCAGAGCCUGCAGAUAUGCCACCCAUCAUUGAGGUUGUUGUAGAAAAAGAGAAAGAUUGGCCUGUAUCUGAGGAAAAAACAGAAGCUUGGAAUUGAUGCCUUCAAUCCUAAACAGAUGAUACCUAAGUUGGGUUGUCUGGUGUUUUAAUUUAUAACUUGCCAUUAUUUUACUGGUUUUGUGCAUUAUUUGUAUCAUUGAGCUAUGCUUUGUUUUACCUGUAUAGAACUAUUUAUGUGUAAAUGUUUUGUUUUAAAAUUCUAUUUGGUACUCCGUAUUUUGGAGUGGAUUUCGGUUGUUCCGUCCUGUACCAGCAAAAUUGUACAGAGGUCCUUUUCCGGGACUCCGGGCCGGAGUCCUGUUAAGAUAUUGACUUGGCAAUAUCGGAUAUUUCAAACCGAUUUUAAAAUGUAUAAAAUACCUAAUGUUACAUGGUUAAAUUCCUGAACUGUAUGCAUUUAUUUCUUUACCAAAGUUCCAUCUCUAGUCUAAGUUAAUCAAUGCUGAGAAGCAAGAGUAGGUAUUGAUUGGCAGUUGAACUCCUUAUAUUUGAUAUCUCUUUACAAAAAAUGUGAUAUUUAUAUAUUUGUUAAAUAAAAUUUAUU